AUGGCUGACGACGAAGUAGAAGUGGGCGAAGUAGAAAAUCCAAAUAACUUAGGCUCUUAUGAAGGUGAUCGUAAUGAAAAAAAUGAACGUCAUGGUUUUGGAAAAGCUAUAUUGCCCAAUGGAGAUACAUAUGAAGGUCAAUAUCAAAAUGGAAAACGACAUGGUACUGGAACAUAUCGAUUUUCAAAUACUGCACGCUAUAUUGGUGAUUAUGUAAAAAAUAAACGACAUGGAAAAGGCAUAUUUUAUUAUCCGGAUGGUUCAAAAUAUGAUGGUGACUGGAAUGAGAAUGUUCGCGAAGGUUACGGUACAUAUACAUAUCCCAAUAAUGAUACUUAUGAAGGUGAAUGGAAGAAUCAUCAAAGACAUGGCAAAGGAACAUAUACUUAUGCAGCUACAAAAGCUCAGUAUAUUGGUACAUGGAAUAAUGGUAAACGACAAGGUCCUGGUGAACUACUAUUUAAUCAUUAUAAAUAUGCUGGCAAAUUUCGUGAGAACUAUCCGAAAGGUAAAGGAAAAUUUGUAUUCAAAAAUGGAUAUCAACAAAAUGGAGAAUAUCAUAUCACAUCAACAGCCACUGAAGACGAAUCCGAAGCACCGCCUGAAGUGCAAUACAAAUGGAUUGCACAUGAUGUCGUUGCAACAGAACAAGAACAGCCAUACGAUUUAGAUGAUAAUCAAGCAGAAACAGAUAGAACACAAGAUGGUGAUCAUCUAGAUAAUGAAUUGAAUACAGAGACAGGCGAUGCAGCAGAGGGAAAUGAAGAUAAUGAUGAAAAUCAACUAUUUAAUGAUGAAAUACCAGGCGAAGAUCAAUUUGAAGAAGAAGGAUGA